AUGGCCGAGAUAUACCGUGGAUCAACAUUCGCUCCCGUCAACAUUGCCGUUAUCAAGUACUGGGGUAAACGCGACGUGAAGUUGAAUCUGCCCACCAACGGCUCCAUCUCCGUCACUCUGUCACAGGACGAUCUGCGAACGCAUACUACCGCCUCAUGCUCUACAGACUACACGAAGGACGCCCUGAUCCUGAAUGAUGAGGAUCAGGACAUCUCCAGCGCCAGAACGCAGGCAUGUCUCGCCGAACUUCGCAAGCUACGCUCGGAUCUUGAGUCCCAAGACCCUUCCCUCCCGAAGCUUUCCUCUAUGCACCUCAAGAUUGUGAGCAAGAACAACUUUCCUACUGCAGCGGGCUUGGCGUCCAGCGCCGCGGGUUUCGCUGCGUUGGUGGUUGCGAUUGCGAGGCUGUACGCUCUGGACACCGUGAUGAGCAUGUCGAAUCUGUCCAGGAUUGCAAGACAGGGCAGUGGGAGUGCAUGCAGAAGUGUGCUCGGAGGAUAUGUGGGAUGGCAUAAGGGAGAAAAAGAGGAUGGGAGUGACAGUGUGGCAUACGAGGUCGCGAGUGCUAGCCACUGGCCGGAGAUGAGGGCUGUGAUAUUGGUUGCCAGUGACAAAAAGAAGGUAUGCAAUACUCCGCAUCUAGCGCCGGACCAACAUCACGAGAGACUUUACAUUUCACGGGUUCGAGAGAAGAACACGUCAUACUAACAUUCGGCACUCCAGGACGUUUCAUCCACAGCUGGAAUGCAGCAGACGGUUGCCUCUUCGACAUUAUUUCAACACCGCAUCGCCGAUGUGGUGCCAAAGCGCAUGAAGGCAAUGGAGAAGGCAAUUCACGCCCGCGACUUCGAAGCCUUUGCAACCCUCACGACGAAGGACUCGAACAAUUUCCACGCAUGUUGCCUGGAUACUCAACCUCCCAUCUUCUACAUGAACGACACGAGCAGAGCUGCCGUGAGAAUAUGCGAGGCAAUCAACGCGACUCAGGAGGACAAAUCGGUGUGCGCGUACACUUUCGAUGCAGGCCCGAAUGCCGUUGUGUACUACCUCGCAGAGAACGAGCAUUUGGUUGCUGGUACUUUCAAGACCAUAUUGGGCAAUGUCACAGGUACGCUAUCCAUUUGCUGGUCAUCAAAGCGUGUUCUUGUCCUUGAACGGCACCUAACAAUGAUCACUAGGCUGGGAGGGCCCUCGUGGCUCUGCAAUCAACACCAACGCUUCGUCUGGGCUGCCGGCUGGAUCGGAGACCGCCGCAGAACUCUUGAAGAAGGGCGUCUCCCGGGUGAUUCUCACCAGCGUCGGCGACGGCCCGAGAAAGACAGACGAGCAUCUUGUUUAG